UCCCUAACCCUGCGAGGGUUUUGGCAAAGUCCAAUUGAAGUUUCGCGGGCAAUUUUUGUAUAAACUUUUUGUAUAUAAUAUAAUUGAAAACAAAAUGUAUAAGAAUCGCAAAUUUAAUAAAGGUGCGAAACCCGCCAAAGAUACCAAAGCUUCGGGGUCUAUGGAAAAUAAAAGGCCUUUGGGUUCGAUUGAUGAAAAUGCAUCGGUUAAGUUUGCUCGCACAUCCUUAAAUGUAGCCUCAGUUCAGAAAAAGACUCGACCAACUUCCACAACUGCAGUUGUAGCUGAUGUGUGUACUUUAGAGGAGGGUGGGGGCAGCAGCGAAGAGAAUAUACCAGCUUCACAAGAAGCUACUCAACGCUAUUUGUCACAACGUAGCAUGAUUGCCUCUUCACUAGGACGUACACAGUCGCGAAACUUAAGUGGCCGCCCACCAAAGAGCUACUUUGAAUUAGUGCUUAUUAAAGCUGGUGUGCUGUUGGAUGAAGCUAACAAUUUUGUGUUAUCUUGCGAUCAUAUCUCGUUUGUCAAUAAGUUUCGGGAAGUGUUUCUGAAAUGUUCAAAUUAUAAUGAAAAUGCUGACAUGUUUAAAUCUGGUUUGAGCGAGGCUUUGUCCCCAAAAUGCAAAUAUAGUUUAAAACUCUUAAGCGGCUGUACAAUCAGUAUUCCAGGCCAUGACUCUGUUUAUCAGUCUCAAGAGAGUAUGAUUGUAAACUUUCUAAUGAUAGACUUCUUGCGUGAUGCUGUGGUAGAUAUCUUGCUAAAUAAGACAUCGGAAGCUGCCAAACAGAGACAACCUGUUUUCCUAGCAAAUGGUACAGUACCCUUUCUUCCUCUGCUCAUAGCUCAACUGCGUCAUGUUACGCAGUCGCAUAGCACAUUAAUAUAUGAGCGAAUCACGGGUAUAUUUAACGAAGCUAGUGAAGUGUCUAAACAGGAUAUCAUCAUGCAUGCUGGGUUCAUAUUGGAAGCUAGUAAACACGAUGGUUUUGUCCAAAUGCUACUAGAUAAAUUGCCUCUGAAUAAAGAUUUGUUCAAUGUGAGCUCGAUUCAGUCGUUGGCAAAUCUCAAUCUAGGAAAAAGCAUGCAGGAACAGCUGCGUCAUCGAAUAUUGGACUACAUAAAAGAGGAAGGUUUUGUGAACACGGCUCUGCCGUUAUUGGUAAAUCUUCUGCUGAAGUAUUUGGCUGAGGCUAGUGAUGAGGAAGUUACUGAGUUAGUCACCACUAUACGUCAAAUACUAGUGUGGCGCUUGAAUACGCCAAUGGAGCGCACAACACAGCUUGAACUUUUCAAUUUCAUCGAGCAAGCCUUCGUGCGCUCUAAAAAAUUCUACACCAUGUGGCAAAAGCUAUUAUCAUUAGUGCCAGGCAGUCAAUUUAAAUCAUUAGAUUUCAUAAUGGUACUACUACUUAUACAUGUCAAAGAAGACAACUAUAUGUAUAUUGAGAAUGUUCUACGGCGUCGCAUAAAACUGGAACAUAUAACAGUUGAUAUAUUUAUUGAAAUGAAAUCUGACUAUGCCGCAGUUUUGGAACAACAUACAGCUAUUUUAAUGCAAUUGAUGUAUGAUUUUCUAAGAGAGAAAAAUAAAAUAGUCGCAGAAUUCGCGAAGGCUUCGUAUGGAAUAUUAUUUCAAAUAUGUGAUUCUAUUCAACGCACUAUUCUGAGAAGACUGCUUCAAUUAACGUGCGAUAAAUCUACCCAAAAUCUAACUAACCUGGCAUUAAAAUUACUAAGAGAAUUGCAAAGAAAGUAUCGCCCUGAAAUACAGAAUUGGGGUACGCUAUUGAUGCCUUUGCUGGACCGGUUAAGCGAACUGACACUUUCCCAAACUCGCUUAGCAAUGGAAUUGCUCUGCUCUAUUGCCUUUCCUCCACCACCCUUAUCUGAGUGUACUGUACUGCAGGAUCAACUAGAUAUGCUUUUGAAAAAACAAAUAAUAAACCACUCUGUGCAUGUCAAGAAGCAAGGUAUCAUUGGAAGUGUGCAGUUAAUCGAUUGCAUGGCACGCAUAGAAGACACCAUAAUUGAGCAUGACGAUUUUAACACUUCAUAUUCCAACGCCAGCUCACUGCCUGACGGACGGGGAAAAAUGGCAGCUAACUUCAUAAUGCUUGUCGAAUCAUCUGCUAUACAUUGUCCUGAAUCCCUGGCAUUAUUUUACGAUGAAAUGGCAUGUAGUUGUAGGUCUAUGCCAAGUGAACGUGACACUUGUACACAAUUGGACAAACCAUAUUUAAUUUGGUUAUGCGAUGUUAUGACUUUCUAUUUUCAAAAUAGUUUUGUAGCCGAACAUUCACCCACGAACACAUUUGGAAUUAAUUUAACAUAUCAGAAAUGCAUAAACACUGUCGAGGACACUGAGAAUAUGGAGGAAAGUGAAGUGCCAAGUAUUGCUAUUAAUAUAGCAGAGUUGGUAUUGAAACCGGGUACUGUGUCUUCGUCAUCAAUUCUUAUUCUGGCUCCUCUCUUUAAUUUAGUGCGUUCGCUUCAUCUGCAGCGUUAUCAAGGCAGUUUGGAACAAAUAAAUGCAUUACUCGGUUGCGCUAUAAUACUGCCAUCUUUUUUCGACGAAUCCAAUACUGAUGCCAUAUUUUACGAUUACGACGAACAAUUGCAAAAACGAAUUUUGGAUAUAUAUUUUCAUUGUGUGAAUUGGAUGCGCGAAACUGUGAGCUCAUUUUCAACUCAGCAGGAAUCGAUGAUACGUAACAAGGUGUUACAACGUUUGAAUGAGCUCAUUGCCACCGAGGAAAAAGUGCGGUUAUUAUUAGACAAAGCGCCAGCGGAUUAUGUACCGCCACAAGCACAAUUUAUAACAUCGAACACAGCAUUCUCCAGCGAAAAUUCGCAAGCUCGCAGUAAGCCAACGGCAUCAACAAAAGCUACACAACAAAAGGAUCCAAAUGACAAAGACUUAAACUCCGAGUCCAUAGUUUUCAAUGACACACACGUAGGCAACGUAACUAACGAAGCCAAUGCUACCUUCAAAUUGGCAAACAUUGGGCGCUUUAAAAACACGGACAAUAAGAAAAGAUUCGAUGUCCUAUAUAGACCACGGGAAGUAUACAGACAAAUGGAUUCCGACAUCAUGUUGAUAUUACGUGAAGAAUUAGUUGUGAAAUAUCCAUUACCAUUACAAGAUAUUGGCAAACGAAUUGGUUUGCUUGAAUUGCGCUUCAUUUUAAACGAUUUAGUCUGCAAAUUAGAAUCGAUUACUGGUGCGCAAAAAUUGCAGAAUGAGCAGCCAUCACAGCAUAUCGCUAAACCAGAAUAUUUUAUGUACGACUUAUCCAAGUUUCUGCAAACAAUUGUGGAGAGAAUGUCAAGGUUAUCAACAGAGAUUAUCAAACAAUUGGAAAGUGUAAAAUACGUUUAUAGCAAUGGCGACCUUUUCACCACUGAGUUUAAUUACAUAAAACUCUGUUUCAAUAUGUGCGUACGUUUGUUAGCAGUUUUCUUUUCGUGGACGCAAUUUAGUGAUGGAAACGCCACGGAGGCACUCUUGAAAGAUUCUCUGCUUGUUCUAUUGGCUAAUACCCAGAGACAAAGUCUGUGCAAAAAGUCUUUGGCAGAUGUUGCAGCCGCAGCAUUUAAUGUGAUGCUUAAAUACGAAGUUUCUGUUACCGAUUUGAAAACUGCUGUACAUUUACAAGACUUGCUAAAAAUUCUAAAGCGUUUUUCCAGCAAAACCGAGAGUAGUAAGACCAAUGAGUUGGAGCAACGCAAGGCAUUGAUUGAAAAACAAGAAAAGGAUAUACGUGGUUUGUGCAAGAAAUUCUUGCAGCGAAAGUGGUUCAGCUACGAAGGUCUAGCAGAGAAGGGCGGCACAUGCAACAUAUAUUUAGAUAUACUAGUAAAAGGUUUUCUCAAAAAUUCUGAUUUUCGUCGAUUGGGUACCGUUCUACGUGCUUUAAUAGACGAAUGCAAGCAACUUAAAGGCAAUGACAGCGCACUCAAAUCCUUUCCAAACUUUAAAAAAGCAAAUUUUCCAAUACUUUUUCGUGCUAUGUGCGAAUCAACGGUUGGUUAUCUGUGUGAGUUAAUAAAUAAAACUGCCACACAGAGGGAUGAUAAAAUGAAAAUGUGGGAUAAAAGUUGUGAGCUGUUCAAUAUACUGCUUGACAUUGUUAAGGCUUUAGAUGUGCCACGAAAUUUUCAACUAUUUACAAAGUACUCGCAUCAGUUUCUGAAGCUUCUUCUUCAGCAUGGUCUUGAGGCUAUUAAUCAAACAUUACGUGAUGAUCCCGGUCGAGUUAGUGAAUUUUUAAAAAGUCUACAAACAGUAACCCGUUUUCUUCAUAAUAUUUGCUGUCAUUCAAAGGCACUCCGGAAUACAGCGAUCAUUGGACAAAUUCCAGCGUUGCGAGAAACUGUCGAAACAUUGGUUUUUCGCGUAAAGGCGCUUAUGACAGCCAAUAAGUGUUCCUCCGUAUUUACAAUGGGCAAUCUCAAAAAUAAGGAUAUACACGGUGAUGAAAUUUUGUCACAAAGCUCCCGUAUUAAUGACGCAAGCGAACACGACAGCGAAGAAGAUAUACCCGAUGACGAUGACAGCGUCGAUGAAACGCUAACAGGCGAUGAUGGAUCUGCUGGCCGACGAGAGAGCGCAGAAGAGCCUACCAACACUUAUAAUCGUAGCAAAUCAUCAUCGCGAAGUAAAUGCUUUUAAACUCAUAAUAUUGUGGCGAAAUUCGACCGGAAUUGGUUUCUUUUUAUGUUUUUUUUUGUUUUGUAUUUUGUAUUUUAAAAUGUGAGUACGUGCUGGAAAACGUGUCUUGGCAAAGUUUUAUAUUGCAGUAGUACAGUAUCACUUUAUGAAAUAUCGUUUAGUCUUUUAUGUUUUUGUGCAUAAUUUAAAUAAAACCUGAAAAGUUA